AUGGACGACUAUGGUGUUGGCUCUGGCGAUAGCCAAAAUGGGAACCAGGGAAGUUCUGGGGGCUACGGAGACUCGGGUCAGAGUAGCUAUGGAUCAAGUGGAAUUCAGACAGCACAAGGGCAGUACAAUGCUGCAACGACCGCAUAUCAGUCCGCAUAUACAUCUGCAUAUACAUCUGCACCUACUCCGACAACGACCUCGAAUAGUCAAACAAAUUCCGCAUUCCCAACUUCUACUUCCUCUUCUUCCUCGAAUGGUUUAUCAUCGUCCGAACGAACAGCAAUAAUAGCGGGUGUGAUUGGAGGUGUUGGAGCAUUAUUGAUUAUAUCUCUAAUUGCUAUUUAUCUAUUGCAAAAACGGAAAACCAAAAGGUCCAUUGCCCGCAAGGGAGUCGCUGAGCAAGUAUCCUACAACGGAUUAAAUUCAACCUUUACUGGUGUACCUUUCAUUAAAAGGAACAGCAACCUCACUGACAGUGAAAUAUCUCGACCACCAAUUAUUGCCGAAACUUCACACCAAGGAGCAUAUAUGAGAGGUGGACAGUCAAGCUACCCAGAUUUAUCCAGUGAUAUGGAAACAGACCGAUUCCUACCAAGCUACGAAGAAACUCAACAUAGAAUGUCCGUUGGAGCAAAUGAAUCUCUCGCGCCAUCCGACAACCUCAUCUCCCCAGCAACAACACGAGACCCAUUCACCGAUCAAAAUCGUCUAUCCCAAAUGUCACAAAACACCACCUCGCAAUUCAGGCCAGGACCACCCAUCCGACACGAUACCAUGGGCUUUCCACUCGACGAUGACGACACCUCAUACAUAGGACCAGACGGCCAACAACACCGCCUCUCCAGAGUAAUGGAUAGUCCCCGCACUUCAAUCCUCGAACCCACCAUUAUAUCCCCAGCCCCAAUCCGCCCCAAAAUCUCCCACGAAAAUCUCGAACAAGGCAUUUGGCAAACUCAAAAUCAUGGCCUAAAUCGAACACAACCCCAACAUCUUGAUUCCCUCUCCUCGAAUUAUGAAAACCCAUACGAAUUGGAGAAUGAAAAUGGCUCUAUUCCGCCCAUAAAUCAAUCAUAUGGAGGCGAACAAAGCAUGUCUCCGAUCAGUAUGCCCUCGGGUGCGUGGAUCGCAGCACAUAGUCCGCAUUUAGCUGCGGGUAACGUGCAGAGGAACAUGAGUCAGAGGACCGAGAGCAGCUUUGCGCCGAGUGUGGUUAGUGAUACGGAGUUGGAUAGGUUGGGGGUGGGACACAGGAUGGUGUGA